GGCCGGGACAGCGGGCGGAGCGGCCCAGCGUGGGUGCGCGCCGCGCCUCUUUGGGUUGCCAAAAUUCAGGGCCGUUGCCGGCGAGUUAACAAGUUUCAAACCCCGGCUAAGCCCGAAGAGCCGAAGCAGACCUUGCGGAAGCCACCCUUGUCCCCGAGACCGAGAAUGCUGCGUAAACUCUACGCGGUUUGAGCCUCGCGGCUGUCCGUUCUGACCCCUCCUUCCCCCGGAGUGGACGCGUUCCCGUUCCCGCGCUUUCUGGCGUGAGGGGUCAGAGGGCGCGUUGCUGCGCAGGCGCACAGAGCCCGGGCCGCUGCGGCCAUGGCCGAGGCGGGCGUCGCGGAGGAGGCCUGCUGGCACAUGGGAGCUAAAGAAGAAUUUGUGAAAGUCAGAAAGAAAGACCUGGAACGGCUGACCACUGAAGUGAUGCAAAUACGGGACUUCUUACCAAGAAUACUAAAUGGGGAGGUACUAGAAAGCUUCCAGAAAUUAAAGAUUGUAGAAACAAACCUGGAAAGGAAAGAGCAAGAAUUAGAGCAGCUGAAAAUGGAUUGUGAACACUUUAAAUCCCGUCUGGAAACCGUGCAGGCUGACAGCAUGAGAGAAAAAAAGGAGAAACUGGCUCUUCGACAGCAGCUAAAUGAAGCAAAACAGCAACUCCUGCAGCAGGCAGAGUAUUGUACAGAAAUGGGAGCAGCAGCAUGUACCCUCUUGUGGGGUGCCUCCAGCAGCGAGGAAGUUGUCAAAGCCAUUUUGGGAGGAGAUAAAGCUUUGAAGUUUUUCAGCAUCACUGGUCAAACAAUGGAGAGUUUUGUGAAGUCACUGGAUGGUGAUGUUAAGGAACUCGACUCGGAUGAAAAUCAGUUUGUUUUUGCUUUGGCUGGAAUUGUAACAAAUGUUGCUGCCAUCGCAUGUGGUCGUGAAUUCUUGGUUAACUCCAGUCGGGUGCUCUUGGACACCAUAUUGCAGCUCCUGGGAGACUUGAAGCCAGGACAGUGUACCAAACUCAAAGUGUUGAUGCUGAUGUCCCUGUAUAAUGUGAGCAUCAAUUUGAAAGGCUUGAAAUACAUCAGCGAGAGUCCAGGAUUCAUCCCUUUGCUCUGGUGGCUUUUGAGUGACCCAGACGCAGAGGUGUGCCUUCACGUGUUACGGCUCGUCCAGUCCGUGGUUCUGGAGCCAGAAGUCUUCUCCAGGUCGGCUUCUGAGUUCCGGAGCUCCCUGCCCCUGCAGCGCAUCCUGGCAAUGUCCAAGAGCCGCAACCCUCGCCUGCAGACUGCUGCCCAGGAACUCCUGGAGGAUCUUCGCACUCUGGAGCGUAACGUGUAGGUGCGCUCUGCCACCUAGGGGUUUGGUCAAAAUGCCAGUGUCCCUUCCCCUCCCCAGGUCCUUCAUUUUGUAUUCCAAAACCAUCACCAUGUGCCCUGUGUUAGAGACGGCAAAAUGCCAUUGGCUAGAGAUGGACAUAAGUUUAUAUGUAUCCCACAUAACUUCCUCCUGGAAGUGAAAGUACUUGUGGGUGGGUGGUUAUCUUGCCAAAGGGGAGGCCAUAAAAGAAUCCUUCCUUCUGGAAAGGUCUGUACUACCAGGAAGAGGGCUUCCUCUGAGUAGUUCCUCACUGUUCAGCAGAUUGUCCAUGACCUAUAUAGGCUCACCCAUAAAAAUGGGAGAUUAGAUAACCAUCUACCGCACUGGUCAGCAUUUUCCUGAGAUACAUUUCUUUAAAAAACCAUCUUUAGUAAUUAUAAUUAAUCCCUCCAAAAUGCAAGUUUACCUUUAUGACCUUUUGGUGAACCUACUAUUUCAGAUUACAUUGGACAUUUUAGUUCUAUGUUUUUUGUACCUCUUUUAUUUUUGAAUAAAGAAAAUCAGAGAGUUG